CCGAAAACGAUGACGUUCCGAUGCUUCACUUGGCCUCCUAUGCCCUGUACAAGCUCUUCAGUGAAUGGCAAGAUGCAGGCUUUGAAAUCCCAGCCAUAAAACCUGUCAAACCCUCGGUGAAACUUACCGAAACCGGUGCUCAUCCGUUGGCACCCAAGGUUCCCAAAACCAAGGGUGAUCUGCCCGAGGAUGCAGCCAAUCGUCAUCCCACGGCACUGCUAGCAUUUAUGCGCCCACAAGUACCGUACGAGGAUCUUGGCUCCAACAACAAUAACGACCCAGCCAAGCGAGAAUUUUCCGUUGGUGUUACGGUCGAUGGUCAACGGUUCAUUGGUAAAGCUCGUUCGAAGAAACUGGCUCGCAAGGAAGCUGCAGCCGCCGCAUGUCGGUCUUUGUUUGAAGUCGCCUUUAUCGAAUCUAGUGCUGCUUAAGUUUUCCAUGACACAACAGUUCUCACCUCUCCUUACGCAAGUUUGUACUUUGUCAUUUUAGUAAGAUUAGGCCGUCUUCGCGGUACCAACAUGUAGCGGUACCAUUAAUACGCGUUCCCCGGCGUUUUACGUCAAGCAACAUCCUUAGGUUUUAGGGACUUUAUUUAAAUUUGAUCCAAUUAUAGAACCGCCCCAUAUAUUUCUGUUCUGUGCAGAAAAGUAAUAACGGACUUAGCAUAUAUUAUUCACUCGAGCUAUAAAUUAUAGGAUUAUCCUAACAGCUAGUUAGUA